CUCUCCGGGAGCUGGUGGGCAGAGCCAUUCCCCGGGGCCGAGCGGAUGGAGGAGAAGCAGCCCUGCCCUUCGCCGCUGCUGCCUCCCCGGCUCCUGCUGCUGCCGGAACGUGGCCUCCUUCUCCAGCGGCCCUGCGAGUGGCAACCAUGAAAUUCCGGGCCGGGGCAGUUGGCAGCGACGGGGUCCGGCUCGCCAUGGAGAGUGCGCUGACGGCCCGGGACCGGGUGGGCGUCCAGGAUUUUGUCCUGCUGGAGAACUUCACCAGCGAAGCCGCCUUCAUUGAGAACCUGCGGAAGCGCUUCAAGGAGAACCUGAUCUACACGUACAUCGGCUCCGUCCUGGUCUCCGUCAAUCCAUACAAGGACCUGGAGAUCUACAGCAAGCAACACAUGGGCCGCUAUCGGGGCGUUAGCUUUUAUGAAGUCUCUCCACACCUCUACGCCAUUGCCGACAACGCCUACCGCUCUCUGCGCACGGAGAGGAAGGACCAGUGCAUCCUGAUCUCCGGCGAGAGCGGAGCAGGCAAGACAGAGGCCACCAAGAAGAUUCUCCAGUACUACGCGUUCACCUGCCCCGCCAGCGACCAGGUGGAAACGGUGAAGGACAGGCUCCUGCAGUCCAACCCAGUCCUUGAGGCUUUCGGGAAUGCCAAGACCCUGCGCAAUGACAAUUCAAGCCGGUUUGGGAAAUAUAUGGACGUCCAGUUCGAUUACAAGGGGGCUCCCAUCGGGGGCCACAUCCUGAACUACCUCCUGGAGAAGUCGCGGGUCGUGCACCAGAAUCACGGCGAGAGAAACUUCCACAUCUUCUACCAGCUGCUGGAGGGAGGGGAGGAGGAGCUGCUCCGGCGGCUGGGCCUGGAGAAGAAUCCCCUCCAGUACCACUUCCUGGUGAAGGGUCAGUGUGCCAAGGUCAGCUCCAUCAACGAUAAGAGUGAAUGGAAGGUCGUGCGCAAGGCCCUCUCCGUCACGAAUUUCAGCGAUAACGAAGUGGAGGACCUGCUGAGCAUUGUGGCCAGUGUCUUGCACCUGGGGAAUGUGCAGUUUGCUGCUGACGAGGAAGGCAACGCUCAAGUGACCUCCGAAAACCAGAUCAAAUACUUGGCCAGGCUGCUGGGCGUGGAAGGUUCUCUGCUGAGGGAAGCCCUGACCCACAAGAAGAUCAUUGCGAAGGGGGAAGAGCUGAUCAGCCCCCUCAACCUGGAGCAAGCCGCCUAUGCACGGGACGCUCUCGCCAAGGCUGUGUACGGGCGCACCUUCUCCUGGCUCGUGAACAAGAUCAACAAGUCCCUGGAAUACAAGGAAACGGAACCCUUAGGUUGGAGAAAGAGCUCCACCGUCCUUGGCCUGCUGGACAUCUACGGAUUUGAAGUUUUCCAGCACAACAGCUUUGAGCAGUUCUGCAUCAAUUACUGCAACGAGAAGUUGCAGCAGCUCUUCAUUGAACUCACCCUGAAGUCCGAGCAAGAGGAGUACGAGGCGGAAGGCAUCGCGUGGGAGCCUGUCCAGUAUUUUAAUAACAAAAUCAUCUGUGACCUGGUGGAGGAGAAAUUCAAGGGCAUCAUCUCCAUCUUGGACGAGGAGUGCCUGAGACCCGGGGAUGCCACCGACAUGACCUUCUUGGAGAAGCUGGAGGGGACCAUCAAGAAACACCCUCACUUCCUGACGCACAAACUGGCAGACGCGAAGACCCGCAAAUCUUUGGGCCGGGAAGAAUUCCGCCUCUCGCACUAUGCCGGAGAAGUCACCUACAGUGUGGCAGGGUUUCUGGAUAAGAACAAUGACCUUCUCUUCCGGAACCUCAAAGAGACCAUGAGCAACUCGGAGAACCCCAUCGUCAACCAGUGCUUCGACAGGACGGAGCUGACGGACAAGAAGAGGCCAGAGACGGCAGUGGCUCAGUUUAAGAACAGCCUCGCGAAGCUGAUGGAGAUCUUGAUGUCCAAGGAGCCGUCUUACAUUCGCUGCAUCAAGCCCAACGACGCGAAGCAAGCGGGCCGCUUUGACGAAGUUUUGAUCCGCCACCAAGUGAAGUACUUGGGCUUGAUGGAGAACCUGCGGGUACGCCGGGCUGGGUUUGCCUAUCGGCGGAAGUACGAGGUCUUCCUCCAAAGGUACAAAUCUCUGUGUCCCGACACGUGGCCUUCCUGGGACGGCAGGCCCCACGAGGGAGUGGCCGUGCUCUUGAAACACCUCGGCUACAAGCAGGAAGAAUUCAAAAUGGGCAGGACCAAGAUAUUUAUUCGUUUUCCCAAGACGCUCUUUGCAACGGAGGAUGCCCUGGAGAUCCGGAAGCAGAGCCUGGCCACAGACAUCCAGGCGGCCUGGAGAGGGUUUUAUCGGCGAAAGAAAUACCAGCAGAUGAAGCAUUCAGCCAUCACUAUCCAGUCUUGGUGGCGUGGAACCCUGGGACGACGCAAGGCCGCCAAGAGGAAAUGGGCAGCGGACACCAUCCGGCGGUUCAUCAAGGGCUUCAUUUUCCGGAACUACGCCCGCUGCCCGGAGAAUGAAUACUUCCUCGACUACAUCCGCUUCUCCUUCCUGAUGACUCUGAAACGCAAUCUGCCAAAGAACGUCCUGGACAAGUCCUGGCCGGUGCCCCCGCCAUCGCUGCGAGAGGCCUCACAGCUGCUGAGAGAUCUCUGCAUGCAGAACAUGGUCUGGAGCUACUGCAAAAGGAUCAGCCCGGAGUGGAAGCAGCAGCUGGAGCAGAAAGUGGUGGCCAGCGAGAUCUUUAAGGACAAGAAAGACAACUACCCCCAGAGUGUCCCCCGGCUGUUCCUUAACACCCGCCUGGGUGGCUCCCCGCUUGAAUUCCCGAUGACAAAGCAGCUUCUUCCGCUGUCCGACUCGCUCCUGCAGUCUUGGCUGGACGUUUCCCCUGGCAGCCUCUUCGGGGGGUUGGGGCUGCUUGGCCGCAAUCCCCUCUCGCUACCAAAGACCUGGGUGCAUCCAAAGAGCCCUCUUCUAAUCUCCACCCUGCCCAGCAGAAGCCGCCUUCCUUUUCUCCUGGUGUGUGGGGCUGCUGGGGGGCCAUUCGCGGCCGGGCCCGGAAGAGUGAGAGGAGGGGCGUGUGGCGUGAUGGCAGGCAAGCGUUUCGACUCCCCAACCAAUAUUUUGCGAUAGCAGGGUCUCUCGAAGGGGUCUGUGUGGUUUUUUUAAAUGCCUUGUAUGAAGAUGUAAGAAGCCAUGCUGUAUAAAUGGAUGACAGUCUGUAAAUAGGGCCGUGGCGCAGUGCAGGACGCGACAGCAUUUGCACUACAGAAACUAUUUUCCCACUUCUGACUUGGAGGGGAUCUUCUCAAAGGAGUCUUCCUCGAAGGCCAGCGGAGUUUCUGUAUCAUGCAUGGCCCCCCGAGGCUUGCACUGCUGCCACUGGCCUCCCCCCAGCCAGGGCUGCUUCUCAAGAGCCAAGAGGGAGCUGGAGAGGACCCCUCUCCGGCUCUGCCUCCGCCCUCGCCCUCUGCAGGCUAGGACCGUGCCAUCCGCCUUCGCACCCACGACGGGGAGGACCCCCAAAGCGGGUGAGAUGCUUCUGCAACCCAUUUCCCCCUCCAGAGAGCCAGUAGAGUCCCUUUCCUGCUUGGGGAGAAAUGCUGCGUCUGGCCUGGAAUGCAGUCUCUGCUCUAGUGUAUAUAAGAUGUAAUGCUCUGUGCACUGUGCUAUAUAAAAUCAAUCAAUCAAUGCCAAAUAAAUUUUUACUAAGA